AUGCAAUUUACAUAUCCAUUAGAUAAAUCAGACCUUCAAUUACUUGAACCAUACUCAUAUAUAUGCGAGUCAUCAGGUAAAGGAUUUAGAAAUACUUUAAUAAAAUCAUUCGACUUUUGGUUAAAGGUGGGUGAUGAAAGAGUUAAAGAUAUAAGUCAAGUUGUCCAAGGUUUACAUGUCUCAAGUUUAUUGAUUGACGAUAUUGAAGAUAAUUCAAAACUAAGAAGAGGUAAACCUGUAGCACAUUCAAUCUAUGGUAUCCCACAAACUAUUAAUUCAGCAAAUUUUGUGUAUUUCUUAAUUUUCAAUGACUGUAAUAGGCUAGGAAGCCCAGAAGCUACCUCAAUUUUCAUUGAAGAGGUAAUAAGAUUACACAGAGGUCAAGGUUAUGACAUUCUUUGGAGAGAUACAAACAAAUCACCAUCCGAACAAGAGUACAUGAAAAUGGUUAACGAAAAAACUGGAGGCUUAUUUAGAUUAGGUUUAAGAUUAUUACAAUGUUUUAGCGAAAAUAAAACAAACUAUAUAGAACUUGUUGAAGAUUUGGGAAUGUAUUAUCAAAUUAGAGAUGAUUUAAUAAAUUUAGAUUCUGAAGAUUAUCAUCAAAAUAAAAGUUUUUGUGAAGAUAUUUCAGAAGGUAAAUUUUCAUUCCCAAUUAUACAUGCCAUCAAUGCAGACACAAAUGAUAAUAGACUAUUAAGAAUUCUUAAACAAAAAACAGAAGAUAGAUCAGUUAAGCAACAUGCAUUGGACUAUAUUAAAUCAAUGGGUUCGCUCGAAUACACAAAAAAUGUAUUAAAGGGUUUAAGAGAGAAAAUUUUAAAACAAAUUGAAGGGUUGGGCGGUAAUCCAAUUUUGGUAAAAUUAAUGGAGCAAUUAGAGGGCUCUUCAAUUUAA